AAGAGUCGUAUGCGCGUUCUGCGCAGGUCACUGCGCAUGUUAGUCACAACAGAGCAUGAGAGCGUGCUAUUAGUUUUUCCUUUUUUCCAUUGUUCUGUAAAUUUCUGUGUACUUUAAGCUGAAAUGCCACCAAAGGGUAAAGGUGGCAAAGGUGGUAAAGGAGCUGCUUCAGGAAGUGCAGAGGCCGAUAAGAAAGAAAAAGCACCUAAGGGAGGCACGGCUGUGAAGGUUCGGCAUAUCCUCUGUGAAAAACAUGGAAAAUGCAUGGAGGCAAUGGAGAAACUGAAGGCUGGAGUCCGUUUCAGUGAAGUAGCAUCACAGUACAGUGAAGACAAAGCUAGACAAGGAGGUGAUCUUGGGUGGAUGACUCGGGGAUCGAUGGUUGGGCCUUUCCAGGAUGCAGCAUUUGCCCUGCCGGUCAGUUCCAUGGAUAAACCUGUCUACACAGACCCUCCUGUCAAGACUAAGUUUGGGUACCACAUCAUCAUGGUAGAAGGAAAAAAGUGAGAUUGCUCAGCAUUUGAAAUGACAGAUUCCACCAUUUGCUAUGUUGUGAAACUGAUGAUUUCCUGGAUUCACUUCUUUAUAUUUUGCUAAAUGUUUAAGAAUAGGAAAAGAAAAUGAUCCUGGUGUUAAAUACUAACAGGUUUGUCUUUCUACCAUACUGACCACUCAGUUUGAAAGAAUAUUUUUACAACCUUACCUUUUACAUUUGCAUUAUCACCUGGGUUUUCCUUUGCAGUUUGGUUAAAGUUUGUGGAACACAAACCAGAAAAUUGACAAAUAAAUGCAUUUUCACUCAUGUAGUACAAAAUGUGUAAGGUUUGUUUAUGUGUGUCUGUGUGACAGAGAAACACUUGGUGACCUCACUUCUCCACAGCUUCUGCUUUAGUCUUUCAGAAAGUGAUGUCAUUACAGUGAUAUCUCAUGAUUCUUAUCUUCUGGAAAUAUAACCCAUAUCUGUAAUUACGUAAAGUCAGAGCUGUUCAAAAGGCAUGAAGUUUCUGCUUCUAUAGCUAAAAAAUAGGCAUCACCAGUUUUAUUUGGUAAAUAAGAGAUAAAACAAUUAUGUGACAUUUACCAGCGAAAGCUGUUACAAAUAAAGUCUAAUUCCUCAA